CAGAAAUAUUUUUAAACAAAAAUAUGAGUGACUUUGUUUCAAAACAAUCAUUAAAACUUUUUGACAAAUUUGAUUUGCCGUACGACUUUCUGUAUGCAGAUAUCCUAAUUUGGCCAGGUAAUGAAAGUUAUCAAGAGAAUUUGGAGUUUUUCAAAAAAUUGAAAGUUGUCAAUGACGUUGCAGGACAUGGCGUCGCAUUAGUAGAAGAAUAUAAUAGAUGCCUAACUAAAGAUGAGGAAACUAACUCUGAGACGGAAACGAAGAAAGGAGAAAAUAAUGAAAUCAAGAAGACCAAACCUACUAAGGAAUUCCGUUUGAGAUCUGACGGGGCUACAAUACAUAGCAAAUCGACAAAAACUGCAUCCGAUAUAAUAAAGAAGCCUGUUAAGAAAAAAGUACAAUUAGGACCUGUUUAG